AUGGGAAUUCACUCUGUAGUCUUUGUGGGGACUGCAUUGCUAGAUUUUUACGCCAAAUGUGGGGAUAUGGAGGAUAGUCUCCUGGUCUUUCACAAGCUUCCUGACAGAAAUGUGGUCUCUUGGAACGCUGUGAUUUGUGGGCUUGCACGGAAUGGAAGAGCAAAGGAUGCUUUGAUGUUCUUUGACAGGAUGGUGGCAUCAGGUUUUAACCCGAACGAUGUCACCCUUUUGGGUGUUCUAUGGGCUUGCAAGUUUGCAACCAUGACGGUCUUGUCGAUGCUGGCUACUCACAUUUUGAUAGAACCUGAGAUUAGGGUUCUAUCGGGAAUUGGGGAUUUAGGGAUUAAGAGUAGAAUUAGGGAUUUGAGAAGAGAAAGAUAG